AUGAAGCUUACUUCGUUCGUCACCACUAUCGUCAUUGGUGUCACUGGUGCAGUAGGUAUGUCCGCAGGUGUUCCGGCUGCCGUCGCUGCUGUUGCCAUUGCCAGCUUCCGGCUCGCUCAGGGCUUGCCCUUGGAUUCCGCUGUCGACGAUAAACGCGACGAGGGCUCUAUCGAGAAGCGAUGGCCCUGGAAGAGAGUCGUGGCAACUCUGCAGGCCAAGAACACCGCCGACUGGCCCUGGCCGUCAACCAUCACCACCGACGUCGACAUGGCCACGGUCACCGGGACCGACGUCACCUUGUCUCAGGUCGCGACUACUACGCUCGCGUCGUCCACUGUCACCGCCACCUUGACUGCCGAUGCCCAGCUCGACAAGGCUCAGGAUAUCGACAAGAGAUGGCCCUGGCUGCGGGUCAUCGCCACGCUUCAGGCCGAGGACUCUGUUGCUUGGCCUUGGACGUCCACCAUCACCACCGAUGUGGACAUGGCCACUGUUACCGGAACCGAGCUCACUUUGACCGAAGUUGCCACCACCACGCUCGACUCUUCCACCGUCACCGCGACCCUGACUGCUGACGUAGCCGUCGACACUGCCUCGCUGAUCCAGCGCUGGCCGUGGCCUGCAACCGUCACAGCUACCUUGGCUGCGGAGAACUCAGCCGCCUGGCCUAGGACCUCAACCGUCACCGCUACGUUCACCGAGGCCCCGAAGGCUACCGACUGGCCUCUGCGAGAGACUGCUACGACUACUGUUUCGGACUCGACCGUCACAGCCGUACUGACUGCUGUGUCUCCUACUGACUGGCCCUGGGCCAUCAACGGUGAGAUUCGUGUAUAA